AGUUUUCGGAAAGUUUAAUCCGCGCAAACGGCAACUGUCCUGUUUAAAAUAACGGCUACAUAACCUUUAAUAGCCGGUAACCUCGAAAAAUUCCGUCUCAACGGUCAUCUUUCUCUUUUGUCGCCAGAAUCCCAAUUUUUGUCACUAUUUCAUAAAUCUCUCUUGCUUGACUAUAAAACCGCUCAUUAAUCAUCUUCAAUCCCAAAGAAAUUCACCAAAAAACUUAAAAUCCAUCAAUUUUCCCACAAUAAUUCUUCAAAAGACAAACAUUCUCUCAAGACAAUUGUUAUUUUAUCAGUUUCAAAAGUACAAAAUGCAUAGAUUAAUUGUAAUUCCAUUUUUUGUUGGUUUGAUUUUAUUAUUCCAUUCAAUUGUACCAACAAAUUGUCUAUCUCCUACUCAUUCUCCUGCACCAUCUCCGAUUUCUCAUCCUAAAAAAUCUCAUUCUCCCUCGAUUUCUCCGGCGCAUUCUCCAUCGAGUUCUCCAGCGCAUUCUCCAUCGAUUUCUCCGGCGCAUUCUCCGAUGAAUUCAUCACCGACGGCGACUCCUCCAGUGAGUUCUCCUGAUACAAUCGCUCCUGUUUCGUCGCCACCUGCGAUCGCUCCUGUUUCGUCGCCACCAGCGAUCACUCCUGUUUCUCCGGUGAUUACUCCAGUGAGUUCUCCGGCGGAGGUUCCGGGGAUUGCUGCAUCACCUGUGGAGAGCAUUCCAUCGAGUUCUGCUCCUCCGGUCGAGGCGCCUACUGGAUUGAUUCCUUCUAUAGCCGAUUCUCCGGCAGGUUCUUCACCGGAGGCGUCCGAAGGGCCGAUGCCGAUUGCGGAUGAUCGGUCAGGAUCAGAUGUUAUAUUUGGGGUUGGAGGUGUACUUUUGAGUGGGAUGGCUGUUUUGGUUGCUUUGGGUGUUUAAGAGCAUGUGAUUGAUUGGUGAUGAUUAUUGGUAAUUAUUUUAAUUUGUUAGUUUAUUUUAUUAUGUUAAGUUAAUUAUGUUGGAGAAAUUUAUUAUGGUUUGUAAUUAUUUUUAGCAAAAUUAAUUUUAAUUUAUUUAAUUUAAUUCUAAA